GUCAUGUGAUUGAUACUUCACCAACAUGAGAGCACACUGAAUAGAAUCUCCAACAAAACUGAAUUAUAUUUUUACGUAUGCAGGUUGGUGACUAGCUGAAUUUUACUUAUAUGUGUACAGCGGUUGGUGAUUAUUAAUCGAAUUAUAUUUUGCAGAGAUUGUCCCCAACUUGAGAUGGAGUGACGUUACGAAACCCAUCUACCAGGAGACAGAUGAGGGUUUCGUAGACAUGAUGGAUGCACAAAACACAACGUACAUACAGGAGGAGGAAGAGACAAGAAGCCGCCUGCCCUUGGCCUGAGGAGCUCUGCGACCCUUUAUUGAAAUGACAGACUUGAUGUUCCUGAGGAGAUAUAAUGGCCGGUAAAGUGAAAUGGGUGACGGACAUAGAGAAAUCGGUACUCAUCAAUAACUUUGAGAAACGAGGGUGGAUUCAGGUGUCAGAAAGUGACGACUGGAACUUCUAUUGGAUGAGUGUGCAGACCAUAAGGAAUGUCUUCAGUGUGGAUACUGGCUACCGUCUGUCUGAUGAGCAGUUGGUUAACCACUUCCCCAAUCACUAUGAGCUGACCAGGAAGGACUUGAUGGUCAAGAACAUCAAACGCUACAGGAAGGAGCUGGAGAAAGAAGGCAGCCCACUGGCGGAGAAAGAUGAAAAGGGGAAAUACAUUUAUCUAGACUUUGUACCAGUGACUUUCAUGCUCCCUGCCGAUUACAACCUGUUUGUAGAAGAGUUCAGGAAGAAUCCAUCCAGCACUUGGAUUAUGAAACCUUGUGGAAAGGCCCAGGGUAAAGGCAUCUUCCUCAUCAAUAAACUCUCCCAAAUCAAGAAGUGGUCCCGUGACAGCCGUACCUCUACAUUUUUGGCGGCAUCUAGUGGCAAAGAAGCGUAUGUGAUUUCGUUGUACAUUGACAAUCCAUUACUGAUCGGUGGGAAGAAGUUCGACCUUCGCCUCUAUGUCCUGGUAACCACCUACCGUCCACUCAAGUGCUACAUGUACAAGCUUGGAUUUUGUCGGUUUUGCACAGUCAAGUAUACGCCCAGCACCAGUGAACUUGACAACAUGUUUGUUCACCUCACUAAUGUAGCCAUCCAGAAACAUGGGGAUGACUACAACCAUGUUCAUGGGGGCAAAUGGACAGUCAGUAACCUGCGGCUCUACCUAGAAAGCACUCGGGGGAAGGAGGUGACCAACCAGCUGUUUGAUCAGAUUCACUGGAUUAUUGUACAGUCACUUAAGGCUGUGGCGCCUGUCAUGAACAACGACAAACACUGCUUUGAAUGCUACGGAUACGAUAUAAUCAUCGACGACAAGUUGAAACCUUGGCUUAUUGAGGUAAACGCUUCACCAUCACUGACCUCCAGCACAGCAAAUGACCGCAUCCUGAAAUACAAUCUGAUGAAUGAUACGUUGAAUAUCGUCACUCCCAAUGGAGAGAUACCAGACUGCCGCUGGAAUCGAAGCCCACCCAAGGAGGCACUCGGAAACUACCAAGUCCUGUACGAUGAAGAGCAGGCACAGAGUGACGGUGCAGAAAGGGAUCUCCGAAGUCGCUCAGGACAGGCCCUAGGCCCCAAGAGCUGCAGAGCCAACACCCUGCGGCCAGUACCAGCCACCUGGAAGUGAUGCGUUUGUUACUUGUACUGCUGGCCACACAGCAUUGGAACUAUUUUUCAUUCCUAUUUAUGUUUCUGCCCUCUACCUAUACACGAACAGUCUACAACCCCAUUUAUUUCAUAUAACCCACCCCUCAAAGCUGGAAAUGGGAAUUACAUUUUGGCAACUUUGGAUACUACUCUUGUCCCGUACAAAGAGCAUUGUGGUUCAGGAUCCAAGCCACUUCAUAUUUUGUCAGUGUCCCUCAUGUGGUAGCACUAAUCCAGCUGGAUGGCCAGCCAGCAAUCACCCAUGGCCUCACCCCUAAAACACCAGGAGUUAGCGUUGUUUUAAACAAAAACAGGCCACAACUCACCUGAGAGUCAGGGCAGCCUCCUUGUAACUCCCUAGGCGGUUGCUUGUCAGCUGUGAAAAUAUAAGCUUUUGAAAAGUAUAGGCACCGAAAAGCAUGCCCUGUGGAAUGGCAUCACUUUAAAAUAUAUGCAUGCUGCUACAAGAAUGACAGUGGUACAGUAGCUCCAAAGCUACUCUUGUUAGGGGUUCAGACAACUCUCUGCACAAGAUUUUCAUGUCCAGAUGGGUUUUCUGCUGCACUCCAAAGACAUGUCAGAUGACAUUGCCUUUAGUAUGUGUUAGACUAAAAAUGGUUUUCUGUGUGCAGUUGCAAGUAGCAUGCUAUAGCUGGCAUAUGUUGCCUUGGAAAAAGGAAUCAGCUGUGUACAAGUUAAAAUUAACCAUUUUCAAUGGUAUUUAAAAUGACAGAUGUCACCUGUUAGGAGGGGAAAGUGGUGCUGUACCAUUACUUGAGAAAAUCUAGUGUUGUCCUUAUUUCCACAAUACUUUAACACUUGUCCCUACAACAGGCACAGUGAAAGGGAGUUUAUAGAACAAGCUGCAGAUCAAUGCUGAUAUAUUUUCAUAGCUGCACAGAACACUAUAGGGUAAACUUCAGUUACUCAGGGUGCAUUUUGGUGGGAUGCCUUCAUCACCAUACAUAUUGUGAGUGGCAGCUGCUAGAAUAGUGAUGAAAGCAUCUGCUAAAUAAAUAAAUGUAAAACAGCUGCCUUUGGACUCAAAA